AUGGACGCCGUCAACUCCGUGGUCGACUCCCUUCCCCACGAGUUUGCCAAGGACAGCGUCCGCCUCGUCAAGUGCUGCCACAAGCCCGACCGCAAGGAGUUCACCAAGGUGGCGGCGCGGAUGGCGAUCGGGUUCGUCAUCAUGGGGUUCUUCGGCUUCUUCAUCAAGAUCAUCUUCAUCCCCAUCAACAACAUCAUCGUCGGCUCCGGCUAG